UUGUUUUGAAAGGUGGAUAGAACUUGGAGCUGGACAACAUGCAAUCGAGGCUGGCCUUGGAUUUGCUGUGGCUGGCGGCUGGAAUGGAGCUGAAACUGAGCAGUCUCUGAUCAAAAUUCACAGCGUACAUUUCGGCAAAAGUUUUUGGGUACGUAUCAAUUGAUACUAAAUUUGGCAAAAGAGGCAGCAGCAGGAGCAGCAGCAGCGGCAGCAUCCCGGGAACAGGGAAUAGGUGCGAUAGUAGCAGCAGCAGGAGCAGCAGCAGGAGCAUGCCGCUGGGCAAGAAGUUGGCAAUUGGCUCCGAGGAGGCGCGACGCCAGCGGGCCGAGCUGCGCACUAGCUAUGGCAACAAGCUAUCCAAUAUGAAUUUGGGCCGAUUGCGCAGUCGCGCCCAUGGCUCCGGCUCCGAGUCAAAUCCCAUUCAGAACGCUGUCCAUCCGACCUCGGCUGCACCGCCCCCAACGGCCUCGCUGAGACGCAUUGCGUCCAGUUUUGCCCACGUUAGCGAUGUCAGUUGCGGCAGCUGUGCGGCUCUGCCGCUCGAGGAUUCCGAGGACGAUGCUCGCGAGGAGCUGGCCGAGGUCCUUAUACGCAGCGAGCCAUUCAAAAUGGCACCGGGAUUAGCGGCAAAAAGUCUACCAUUGCCAGGCACUGGAUCCGGUACAGCCGCAACCGGACCUGGACCCGCUACUGGAACCGGAACCGGCCGCAUGUCGGCAGCUGCUGCCGGAGCUGCUGCAGCGAACUAUGCUCGCGCCACCCGCCAGCCACUGGAGGAGCGACGCAAUCAUUAUCUGUGCGCCAACGUGAUGCGAUCACGGGCCAGCGAACGUUGGAGUCAAAUCGCUGGAACGGUGUCCACGCUGUUCCGUGUGCGUCGCAUCUCAACGGCGGAUCCCAUGUCGGAGCUGCGACGCCUCAGAGAGCAACGCGAUCUGCUGGAGGCCUUCACGCGUCCAUUCCUCUACGAGGACUGAAUAGAGCGCAAGUGAGCCACACGCCAGCUGACCAAGGAGCCCAUCAGCAAAAACAAAACAAAAA